UUCCUUCCUUCUCAGUUGUAGUCUUGUUGAAUCCCAACUCUUCGCACGGUCUCAAAGAAAACCCAAUUGGCGAAUUGCUCGAAACUUCGUCACAGGAAACAGAUCUUUCUCGGGAUUGCUGGCCUAUUCAUGGUGAAAAUUCCUCAAAUUGAUCAACAUUUUUGUUUUGCUCAUUAGUCAUUACCAUGCUUGUCACAAAGCCAACUUUCAGAUUCCUCUUUUUCGCCAUCACUCUCGUGCUAUUCGUGUGUUUCAUCGUCCCCAUCACGGCCUCUGAGUCUGUGACAAAUGCUGAUGAAGACAACGAUUUGGAAGGUUUUGAAGAGCUAUUAGCGUUGGAUGAAGAAGAAGAAGAACAAGAGCACAAAGACACUCAAGUAAGAUCCUCUGAGGCUGAGAUUCUAUCCAAGGCGCAGAGAAUCGUUCUGGAACUCAACAAUGACAACUUUAAGCGGGUUAUCGAUGCUAAUGAGUUUGUUAUGCUUUUGGGUUAUACCCCUUGGUGUGCAAGAAGUGCAGAGUUGAUGCCUCAAUUUGCUGAGGCCGCAACGGUUCUUAAGGAUGUGGGCAGUUCCCUUUUGAUGGCUAAGCUCGAUGCGGAACGGUACCCUAAAGCGGCUUCCAAGCUUGGCAUCAAAGGCUUCCCUACACUUCUUCUCUUUGUCAACGGGAGCUCUCAUGCGUAUACCGGUGGAAAUAAUGCGGAGGAAAUAGUGAUUUGGGCAAGGAAGAAAACUGGUGUGCCCAUUAUUAGAUUAAACUCGAUAACCGAGUCUGAACAAUUCCUCAAAAAGCACCCAAUGUUUAUCAUUGGAUUGUUUGAGAAAUUUGAGGGUCCUGACUAUGAAGAAUUUGUGAAAGCAGCAAGUGAGGGAAAUGAAAUCCAGUUUGUGGAAGCUUGCAAUGCUGAGGUUGCCAAAGUUCUUUUCCCAGAUAUUGCAACUAGAAAUCUUUUCCUUGGUCUUGUCAAAAGUGAGCCUGAGAAAUAUGUCCAAUUUGAAGACACCUUCAAAAAGGAGAGAAUAUUGGAGUUCUUGGAAUAUAACAAGUUUCCGCUGGUUACAAUGCUGACUGAACUUAAUUCCGUUAAAGUCUUUUCCAGUCCUGUCAAACUCCAGGUUUUCAUCUUUGCAAGGACUGAUGAGUUGAAGAAUCACAAGGAGCUUCUUGAAGAUGUCGCGAGAAAGUUCAAAUCAAAGAUAAUGUUUGUAUAUGUAGACAUUACAGAGGACAACCUCGCAAAGCCCUUUUUGACAUUAUUUGGGCUUGAAGAAUCAGAAGGGACCAUUGUUACAGCUUUUGAUAACAAAAUUUCCUCAAAGUACUUGUUGGAGUCGGAUCUAACAAUGAGCAGUUUAGAGGAAUUCUGCUCAAGGCUUCUACAGGGUACUCAGCCACCUUACUUCAAAUCAGAGGCCAUACCAGAUAAUAAGGGGAAAACCAUCCAGACUGUAGUGGGAAGGACAUUUGAUGACAUUGUUUUGAGCAGUCCCCAGAAUAUUUUUCUAGAGGUUCAUACACCUUGGUGCAUUGACUGUGAGAAAACAAGCAAACAGAUAGAAAAGCUGGCUAAGCACUUCAAAGGGUUGAAUAGUCUAAUUUUUGCAAGAAUAGAUGCUUCUACAAAUGAACAUCCAAAGCUACAGGCCUCAUGCACAAAUAUCUUCCACAUGACUCCAAUAGUGCUCCAAUUUUAUGGAUAUGUUGUAAAUUUUCAUCUAUCCAAUGAUAAGUCUUGCAAAACCCCAAUUUCCCACUUCAGAGAUAUAAAGCUUUGAAAAAUUUGACCAAUUAAUACAAGUGUAGAAGUCCAACACAUAGUGGAGUAUAUAAUGGAGAUGGGAUCCAAAUCUUGACAUGUUGCUAAUCCAAGGGUGAACCAACCAUCCAAUUGUUUGUCUGACCGGAGGAGCCCUCCAGUGGCUCAAAAAUGGUGGACCAUCGAGAUAAGAUUAUGUUGGUGGCCUGUGUAAAGAUAUCUUCCCUUUGAGUAGUAUGGAUAAUUAUAUAAGGGAUUUUCUUAUUGACAACCCCCAAGUUGUC